GGAAUCAACAGUACAUUGAUUUUGCUUCCUCCAAAAGAAGUGACACUGUCAUAACAUCUUUUCCUUACACAGAAAAUGGGGGGGAUAAGUUGUUUUACAAUUAUAAUCCUUGGCAUUUUAGGAUUUGUAGGCUCAACAGAGGCUCAACUGCAGUUGGGUUUUUAUUCUAAGAGCUGCCCCAAAGCGGAGAAGAUUGUUCAGGACUUUGUUCACCAGCACAUCCAUAAUGCUCCAUCAUUGGCAGCUGCCCUCAUCAGAAUGCACUUCCAUGACUGCUUUGUCAGGGGUUGUGAUGGAUCUGUGCUUGUGAACUCAACGUCGAACAACCAAGCAGAAAAGGAAGCUAUUCCAAAUCAAACUCUCAGAGGUUUUGACUUCAUUGACAGAGUUAAGAGCCUCCUUGAGGCUGAAUGUCCAGGAAUAGUCUCUUGUGCAGAUACUCUUGCUUUGGUUGCAAGAGAUUCUAUUGUUGCAACAGGAGGUCCAUUUUGGAGUGUUCCAACUGGUCGAAGAGAUGGGACAAUCUCUAAUUCCUCAGAAGCCUUGGCUGACAUCCCUCCUCCAACAAGCAACUUCACUACUCUCCAAACACUAUUUGCCAACAAUGGUCUUGAUUUGACAGACUUGGUUUUGCUCUCUGGUGCUCACACCAUUGGUGUCGCUCACUGUUCUUCCUUUUCCAACCGACUGUACAAUUUCACUGGUGUCGGUGAUGAGGACCCAGCUCUAGACAGUGAAUAUGCUGCCAAUCUCAAGGCAAGAAAGUGCAAAACACCUAAUGAUAACACAACCCACGUUGAGAUGGACCCUGGAAGCCGCAGGACAUUCGACCUCAGCUACUACUCUCUCCUGCUAAAGCGACGGGGCCUCUUCCAAUCGGAUGCUGCCUUGACCACCAACCCGACAACCAAGUCCUUUGUCACCCAACUGCUUCAAGGGCCACUUCAGAAUUUCUUUGCUGAAUUUGCAAAGUCUAUGGAGAAAAUGGGUCGGGUAAAUGUUAAGACUGGAUCAACGGGUCAAAUUAGAAAACACUGUGCCGUGGUGAAUAGUUAAUUUUUUCUUUUUCUUUUUGUUUUUUGUUGGGUUAAUAAGUUAAAUUCCUUGGUUAUGUACGUAUGUAUAAUGUAUCAUCGUAGCAUCAAAUUCGGCGUCGUUUUAUUUUAUCUGUUGUGUGCUAGUGAGAAUAAAUGGGCCGGGCUUCGUUCUAGUGUUCCUUUCUUCAAUUUGUCUGUUGUUUCUUGGGAUGAAACCGAAUUUGUUGAGAGAAAAAAUGUAAUGAAUAAUUAUGAUGGAACUAGCUUCACUGUGAAA